AAAACGUUGUUCGAGAGGUAGAUCUCGCAUUGACAGUCAUUCGGCUCUCGAAGAAUGCUUUGACACCGAUACUUGCAAGAUUCCUGUAAUAGUUCGCAUUCAUCAUUCUCUGGGCGAUGGAGUAUCUAUCCUCUCUACAUGGUCCAUCACAAACAGGUGAAAAGAUCAUAUCCUACUGGUUAGACAAUGCUAUUGACAAACAAAAGCUUCUUAUGAAGGUUCGCGAAAUAAAAAAAAGAACAAGUACCAGAUUUGAAGAUGUAAUAUUGACAGCUUUUUCUGCUAGUGUACACAAGUAUUAUUCACGGAUUAAUAGACCAGCACCCGAUUCAUUAACAGUUUUUUUACCGAUAAGAAUAACAAUGCCUGAUGAAUAUAUAAUGUUCGAUAACAAUUUUUCAAUUGGUUGUCUACGAAUUUGCAUUUCUAAGGUGAAUGGACAGAAGAUCAGCGAGCCAAAUAAAGAUUCUCAAUUUUUUAAACGUCUUCAGGAUAUUACAAAAGAAAAUAAUGAAUUCAGAAAAUGUUCGGACAUAUUAAUUAAUUUUUGGAUUAUAAAAUAUUUAUUCACGAUAUUGCCGGCAAAAAUUUUGAAACUUCUAUUAGGUCAAAGCACUAUGAUAUUCAGUAAUAUGUAUGGACCAGAAAAAUUUCAUACUCUCAAUAAUUACUUAGCAAGCAACCUUACCUUUUGGGUACCAAACAGGGGUACAACUGCUCUCGGUUUGUCUCUGAUUACUUAUGGAGGCAAUUUAAAUCUAUCUUUAAUAGCUGAUAAAUCAAUAAUAAAUGAUGAAAAAGCUUUAAUUGAAAUUUUAGAAGAUACUGUGCGUGAAAUAAAUCAUGCAUACAAAAGUAUCAUGUAAUUGACAUGUUUCUGAAAUCAUCAAAUUUUUGAAGAAAAAAA